AUGGCUGCUUCUCAAUAUCAAUCCUCUCUCAACUGUGAAUUGAGAAUCAUUGAAGCAGAGAACACCAAAUCCAUAUCAACGGGUAAGCUUUUUGUUAGAUGCUAUCUCUCUGGCGUGGGAAACAAUGAGAAGAUUAGGCUAAAUAGUAAGGAGAUCCCAUCGACGAGUCAUCCCUAUUGGAACGAGUCCAUCUCGUUGGAGUGUUCAGCAACCAAAGACUGCAUGAAAGAGCUGAAGCAACAAAGUGUGGUAUUCGAGCUCAGGUGGAGAAAUAAAACAACGAUUCUCGGGAGAAUUGGAAGGUCUAAGCUCUUGGGUAGAGCUGUGUUACUAUGGAAAGAUGUAUUGGAAUCGUCCGAGUUGAUAAUUGAGAGAUGGGUCACCAUGGUAGUAGCCACGAGGAGUCAUGUUCUUGAAGGUCUCAACCAACCUGUACUGCAUGUAGAGAUGAAGGUUGGAGUUCCUGGAACGAUGGAGAAGGUGAAAAAGAGGAGGUGGGGUGAGUGUGGGUGCAGACAUGAAGGGUGUGAUGGUGGAGGUGAUGACCUUUUUGCACUGGCUUCUGCCUUAGAAGCGUUGUAG